AUGAGUUCAAGCAGACGUGGAACUAGUAUUCGUUCAUCGACUGCUACCGCUACUACCACUACCAACAGCGCAGCUGCUUCAACUUCUAAUUCAAGUAAAGCCAGCAAAGCAAAUCCAGGUGUAGCAAGUAGCAGUGCCAAAAGUGCUGGACCCAAAGGUGACAACUUGUAUGAAUGGGUGUCCACAAUUGUAGGACCUGCUGAAUCACCUUACGCUACGGGGAUUUUCUUCUUGGACAUUACUUUUCCACAGGAUUACCCCUUUAAGCCUCCAAAGGUUAUCUUCCGUACGCGUAUCUAUCACUGCAAUAUCAAUUCAACCGGCGCAAUUUGUCUUGACAUUCUCAAAGACAAUUGGUCUCCCGCGCUAACCAUCUCUAAAGUACUAUUGUCCAUAUGCUCGCUAUUGACAGAUGCCAAUCCACAUGAUCCCUUGGUAGGAAGUAUUGCAAAUCAAUACCUGCAUGAUCGUGAGGAACAUGAUAAGACUGCUAGGGAGUGGACUAAACGUUAUGCUUCCUGA